AGUGCGCGCGACCACUGGACUUUAUGCUAGACUAUAAUAGUAAACAAACCAGUUUUCGUUAUAAACUAACCGUUGGAAUGAGAUAAAUCUCACAAGAAUCAAACAUUUACAGAGUUUGAAUCUUCUAUAACGCACUCGUAGCUCAGAAGUCUCCUCAAACAUGACCAUCAUAUCGGAUGGCGGUGAUGUUCUUGAUGGAGAUAUGCGUUCUGGCACUUCAUGACAAAAGACAUCCAACUCUUUCAGUGUCAGAUCACCGAAGAGAAGAGCGCAGAAUGAAAAGCACUGGCUUGCUAUUGGGUUACUUUUUGAUGAAAGUUCUCGUGUGCGACGCAGCGGGGGAACCCGGGAAGAACCUGGAUGUUUUGGUGACGACGUCGGGGUCUAACGGCUCCCGAGACGGAGAAAACGGUCUCGCCGAGACCCCUCACACGGAGGACAGGUGUCGGGGUUAUUAUGAUGUGAUGGGUCAGUGGGAUCCCCCGUUCGUGUGCCGGACGGGAAGUUACCUGUACUGCUGCGGGACCUGUGGCUUCAGGUUCUGCUGUGAGUUUAAAAACUCCAGGUUAGAUCAGACCACCUGCAAAAACUACGACACACCACCGUGGUCCAUGACGGGUAGACCACCGCCGAAGAUGAUGGACCAACACGAUCCGACUAAGGAUAAAACUAAUUUGAUUGUGUACAUCAUAUGCGGAGUAGUUGCUAUCAUGGCGUUGGUUGGGAUAUUCACUAAACUCGGCUUGGAGAAGGCGCAUCGACCACACAGGGAGAACAUGUCCAGAGCCCUGGCCCAGGUGAUGCGCCAGACCGCUCCAGGAGAACACAUAGAGAGGGAGGAGAGUAUGGCCGUGCAUGGACAACACUUUGAGAACAUGCAGGCCAGAGCAGCAGGAAACAACUUGCAGGGUGCCCAGAUGAACAGUGUGGUACCAGGUUCAUCUCUGAUGCAAACCAUGACACAGUAUCCUGCCCUUGGACAGGUAGCACACCCAUAUGAGGCAUGUCAAGCUGGAAAGGAGCGUAACAAGUACGCCUCGCUCAAGGCUGUUGCUGAAAAAUCCCAUGAAAACUUCUACACUAACAGACGGCACUUGACCGACCUGGCGGCAAAAGGUACUCUUCCCUUGCACUCUGUAAGCCUGGAGCAGGAGCCCACCAACCCAUACAGCCCAGAGUUGCCUUGCCAAAAGCAGAACGGACACAAGUCCAAAAGCACCAAGGUCCACAGCUCCCACCCGCUGGCUUUUGGGUCCAACACCAUCUCCAACACCGGCAUGCUGAAGGGCUGGGAGGCGACAGAGACACUGGGCCGCCGGCAAACGUACGGCCCCCAAAAACAUGGCGCCACCGUGGAACAAAUGAACGAGCUGACGUCUGCUCACAGCCACCAUUACCUGCCGCCACAUCCUUACUUUGUCACCAACAGCAAGACUGAGGUGACCGUGUGAAAGGAGCCACAACUUUAGGGUUUCUCGAGCCCAGCUCUGAGUGGAUGCUUGAAACGGAGAAUGAGGAUAACAGAGCAAGCAUGACGGAGGAAAAAGUCUGGAUAUGGACCGUGUCCUGCUGGAAAGUUUGGUCAAACGGUUUGGCUCAAGAUUUGGCCCAUUCUCUGUUGGCUGUCUGUUUGCUGUUUGUCUUUGAAUGGCGGUGCAUGGAACAGGCAUGCACUGGAUAUCUGCCUCAUUUCAAGGGGAAAGUGUAACGUUAUUUCAAAGGUACUCUUUCUGUGUCCUA